UCUUCCCGUUUCCGUGGUAACAAUCAUCUGACCAAUCGCGCACGCGCAAACGACAACUUACGGUUACCAUAACGACGAGAGGCCGUCCUUGAACUAGAAUCGUCCGCCUGAUUUUCGAAAACAGCAAAGGGCUAACCGAAAAGGAAUCCGUUUCUGACGAUUUAAUGUCAGCGUUUCAUUAAGGAAAGAGAUUUUUAUUUUAUAAAUUGACUUUACGGUGAUUGUUAGAAAUGGCUGCUGUUCAUCCGCAACAACCCCAAGAACCAUUGCCACCUGGAUGGGAAUGUCGGUUCGAUCCUCGCACAGGAAGAUAUUACUUUAUUAACCAUAUUGAUCAUGCGACAACAUGGGAGGAUCCUAGACUUCAUCACCCUCAACUUCAGCAGGGGUCUUAUGCAAAGUAUUAUCUGUAUGGAAUUGGGAAGCCUUCUUCGGGACAUAUCAAGGCUUAUCCUACUUACUAUGGGACAUUACACUAUCCUAAUGUUGCUCCUGCUGUUGCUCCUGCUGUUUCUACUGCUGCACCAGCACAGAGUGGUUACUCUCCAUAUUGUGGAAGUCCAAGAACUCCUUACAGGUUAAAGCAAGAUGGGGGUGUUGUUCAAGUUGAUGAAAGAAUUUUAAUGAAAUUAUGUUUACAAUUUCCAACUGUAGAAGAAGGACAUAUUUGGCAAUUUUUAAAACAAUAUCAUAAUAGAGAGAAUGUCGUUGUAAGUGCCCUAUUAGCUGAAGGUCACCCAAGAGCACAAACUCAUUCAAUGGCUCAUGAACACUUAACACCUAAAUUACAAAGGCAUCCUGAUUCCGAACCAUUACAGGUUGAUGAAGCUGUUGUGCAGAAAUUACAUAGUUUCUUCCCUCAGGUGGACUUUGAUCAUAUACGUAGUUUAUUAAAAACGCAUAAUAAUCAAGAACAUGAAGUGAUAGCUGCUCUUGCUGCAGGAAGUAGAGGUUCUAACAGUCGUCAUCAAAGUCCUCAUCCAAGUUCUCCAAAAAUGAAAUUACGUUAUUUGAAGCUGGUAUUUCCAGAAGCUGAUGAGGCAGUUUUGUUUGAUGUUCUUCAUAACUGUGAUAAUAAUGCCCAAGAAGCCAGCAAUCGUUUAAUUGCAAUGGGUUAUAAUAAGAGAGAUACACCAAUCACUCGUCCCAAUAGUGGACAAAAGCCAAAUCAACAACAAUCACGUCCACCUUCAGAUAUCCAACGUCCUACUCUUACUCAAGAACGAUCAAUCACUGUGACACCUCCAAGUGCUGCUGAUAAAAAUAAAUGUAUGUAUAUACCUGCAGCUCAAUCUGAAACAUCUGUUCAACCUGUAGAUAAAGAAUCAACUGUAGAAAAUCCAACAGAUCCUGCACCACCGGUACCUCCAAGAAGUAGACAUGCAUCAUCAUCCCAGGAAACAACAGAAAUAUCUUCACAACCUUCAAUAGUUGAACAGUUUUUAAAAGAUAAUGCUCAAGAAGAAUCUGCUGGAAAAACUUCUGUUGAUGUAGCAGUUUCUUGUCAAAAGAGUGACAGACAUGAGAGACCAAAGUUUAAGAAAGAAGUAAUGAAAGUUUCCAAAGCUACCAGUACACAUGAAGAUCAAGAACCAAUCUCUGUUUACAGGACCCGUCCAAAAGGUGCUGAUUCCAGUUUAAGAAAAGGACCAUGUCAUGAUCUCUUAUUGAAAGAAUAUAUGCCAUGGAUUGGUCCUGAUCCAAAAAAUUACAAAGGUCCCAAUCCAUCUUUAUGCCAUGGGCCAGACCCCAACAAUCUUGGUAGCCAAAAUAAAACUCGAGCCAAGGGACCUCAACCAAAUUUAAGAAGAGGACCUUUGGCUAGUAUAACCUCCUAUGUUGAUUCAAAUGAUACCAUAGAAUGUAAUCUGGACCUAAAGAAUUCAAGAUCCAGUUGAAAAGUUUCCUGCCAAUAAAAUUAUAUGGAAUCAAAGAUAUCAGUAAAGUGAAAUUGGUGAUGUCAGUGCUAUAUUGUAUUAUCUCAUCAGUUUUACAAUAACAAUUAACAUUGUAUAAACAUGCAUAUAUUCAUGUGUGUAAUUCAUACUACUGUAUAUUUACUGUCCAUAAUAUCUAGUCUUUUACUAAAGAAUCUUAUGAUAUUUUUUCCAUAAUUAUCCUAGAAUAUAUAAUAUAUAUAAAAAGUUAUAUAUAAUAUACAUAUAAUAUAAUAUAAUAUAAUAUAAGCAUAAUAUGCAUAUU